AUGUCUGAUCCCAAACAAGAACUCCAUGAGGCCGAGUCCCUCCGCAAGUUGGCUUUCUUCGGAAUUGCCGUUUCCACCGUAGCCACCUUGACGGCCAUCAUUGCUGUUCCCAUGUUGUACAACUACAUGCAACAUGUACAAUCCUCCCUCCAAAACGAAGUUGACUUCUGCCGCCACAGAACCGACGGCCUCUGGCAAGAGUAUGGACGUUUCGAGAACGUUCAAGGAGUUAAGGGACGUCUUCGUCGUGAUGUUCACUACAAGCGUCAUGCUGCUGGAGUAACCGGAAAUCAUGGACGUCGUGCUGUUGCUCGUGGAGCUAACACAUACGCUGCCGGAGGAUACGGAGGAGGGUACGGACAACCAUCCAAUGAUGAAGCCGUCAUCGGAGGAGGAUCCGGAAGCUGCUGUUCUUGCGGAGUUGGAUUGGCUGGACCAGCUGGUAACCCAGGAGAGGAUGGACAACCAGGUCUUGACGGACAACCAGGAGCUCCAGGACAACCAGGACAAGAUGCUAGACCAGACCAAGAACCAUCUGAGGGAGACUUCUGCUUCACUUGCCCACCAGCCCCAGCUGGACCACCAGGAAGACCAGGACCAAAGGGAGCUCCAGGAGCCCCAGGACAACCAGGAAUCGGAGGAGGAGAUGCUCGCCCAGGACCACCAGGACCACCUGGACCACCAGGACCACCUGGAAACAACGGACAACCAGGACAACCAGGAGCUCCAGGAGCCCCAGGAGUCAUCACCGAUGUUCCAGGCACCCCAGGACCAGCUGGACCACCAGGACCACCAGGACCAUCAGGAACCCCAGGACAACCAGGAACUCCAGGAAACAGCCGUCCAGGACCACCAGGACCACCAGGAGAUGCCGGACAAGAUGGAGCCCCAGGAAACCCAGGAGCCCCAGGAAACCCAGGAGCCCCAGGAGAAUCCGGAGCUGGAGGUGGAUGCGACCACUGCCCACCACCAAGAACUGCUCCAGGAUAUUAA